AGCCGAAGACGUCGGCUCGGUCAUGUGAUCAGCUGUGUCCAAUCACAGCUGAUCGCAUGGGACAUGUACACUGAUCAUCAGGGUACUAAUGAUCAGUGUGCCCUGAUGAUCAGUGUAGCCCUAACAGUGCCACCUGUCAGUGUCCAUCAAUGCCAGCUGUCAGUGCUCAUCAAUGCCACCUGUCAGUGCUCAUCAGUGCCACAUCAAUGCCACAUAUCAGUAUCUACCAGUGCACAUCAAUGCCACAUAUCAGUGCCCAUAUGAGCUGCCUUUCAGUGUCACCUAUCAGUGCCAGUCAGUGCCACCUAUCAAUGCCAGUCAGUG